AUGCAGCGCGACGAUAGCACACAGGCGCGAAGUACCGCCGACUUCGAUAUCACUCAGCUCAGCGUCACUGGCCGGAAGGCCUGGAAGACGAUGAAGGGCAAGGGCGAAGCGGUAUGGCCUCCACAUCUCGAGAAGGCUCUACUUAAGGGUCUCGCUGCAUACGAGCCCGACACUAAGUCCACUAAGGCAUUGAACCGGUUUCCACGACGCAAUCGCUUUAUUUCUGAGUACAUCUAUCAACGAACCGGCGAAUGGCGGACGGCGAAGCAAGUCAGCAGUCGCCUUCAGCAGCUGAAGGAAAGCUGCAAGGAUGACAAGAUCCUGGAGAAACUAAAGCUCGAUGCGUACAAUCAGAGCCAUUCCGCCCAUGGCUCCGAAGGGUCGUCGCCUCCCGCGAACACUCCUCCACCCCCUUGUAUAUCCAUAUCCGAUAGCCAGCGCAUCCACCGCGCAGCGUCGGCGAUGCAAGAAGUCGUAUUCCCCCACACCUUCUGUCUUGACUCCCUCGCGAACGAGACCGAGAUGCACAUCGAUCUCAACAACAGGGCCAUGUACGACGCGCCCACUUUCCUCUCGCCCAACAUGUGCGAACCGCCACUUCUUUGCUUCUCGUCUCGCGGUGCUCUGUUCUCGGAGACGGUGUGCACCAUCUUCGAGGGCGACGCGAUCCUCCCGCUCCUCAGCGCCGCCUGCCCGCUAUCGUUCUACGGGUUUUCGCAGGAGCGCGAUCAAUUGCUCUGGCACUACACUGCGGCCUUCCCCACCGCGAUCUGGCAAGUCCUUUGCGAGCGUCGUCAUCCCAGCCACUUCCGUGUGCUGCAGAACGUCAUCAUGGACCACGGGCAGACACACGAUAGCGCGACAUCGCGUGAACAUCCCGCGGCCGCGCAUGGGAGUCCCAUGGUGUCAGUCCUUCAUCGUUUCUACUACUCACCGCCGCCUGCGCCCAUGGGCCCCAUGUCGAUGUUGUCGCCCCUCCGUGAGCAACCCGUGGCGCCCAUCGAUUGGCAGUGCGUCCUCCCAUCGUCUCCGCCGCCUCCCACUCGAGCGCCGGCGUUCGAGUCGAUGCAGGGGACCGGUAUCCAUCCUCCGCACGGCGGCGGGUCCCAGUACAACUUUUCCUCCUUCGAUGGGCCCUCAGCCUAUACGCAGUCCGGGUCGUCUAUGCACGCGCCCUCGCCAGCGUCGACAUACGCCUCCUCAUCACAUUCAACAUACGCACCCUCUCCUUCCUACACGACGUACACUGCUAGCCAGUACGACGCAGGGUGUUAUGGCGGCGCUUUCAUGAUCUAA